GUGAAAUGUGUCUUCACUUAUAAUGUGAAGCUCGAUAACAACUCAAUCCAUUUGAAAAAAUACUCUAUCAUGAUCAACACAUAUCAAUGAUGCUGUGCAGUCAAUGAUAUUGGUUGUGCAAAGUCCUCACCAAUAACCAAGUCUGAUAAGUAAUAUAAAGAUACGAUUGUGAUAUGUGAGCCUUAAAUACGAGAUCACACAGGGAGGGUGAGUCAGGACAUAACAUCAGGCCGAAAGGCGUAGUCGAUGGAAAACAGGCAAAUAUUCCUGUACUACCCCUUGUUGGUCACGAGGGACGGAGGAGACUGUAAAGCUUUUAGAAUAUUAGCCCCAGCGUACCUUCGCAAACCUCCCUUACUCUUUAGGAGGCUUCGCCCCAGAAAAACUACCCACCAUGCUGUGUCCCGGCAGUUCGACAUCCUUCUACGAAAGAGUGGUAUUUCCAGACUGGUGACAACAUUGUCGCACCUCCCAUCUAUCCUACACAUUCAAUCAAGGUUGUCACCGCAAACUUGUAGUAAAGGUGCACGGGUCUUACCGUCUAGCCGUUGGUACUCCGCGUCUUCUGGGAGAAUUCAAUUUCACUGAGUCCAUGUUGGAG